AUGGCCAUUAAAGCGUCCUCAAUCUCGAAGAACCCACUGACGUUGAUCGGCGAUUUCAGCAAUCCACUGGGAAUUGCCGCCACGGUAGUCGUCAUCGCUUUAGUUUUAGGCUGCGCGGGACAACUCGUUCAGUUGAUCAAACCGUUGUUGGUAUCGUCGACGAAGGCGAAGAAGGGCGGAUCGAAGAGAGCGGCUUCGACUCGCUCUGCGAAGAAGCCGACGCCGAAAGCGAAAGCGGCGGCCCCGGCUUCUGCGUCGAAGAGAACUUCGUCGUCCGCGAGAAAAGCGACGCCGAAGAGCUCUUCGGCGGCGAAGAAAUCGACGGCGGCGGCGAGUUUGGUGAGCCCGACGAGAACGAGCACGAGAACUAGAACGCCGGCGAAGAAAUACGCGGCGUAA